CCCUCCUCGUAGAAGAAACUUGGAGGAUGAAGAAAACAUGUAUGGCAAGCUCAAGUUCAACAUGCCCAAGUUCAAAGGUGAAGACGACGCCGAAGCUUACCUCUCAUGGGCACUCAAGGUGGACAAGAUCUUCCGCAUCCACAACUACUCCGGUGCCAAGAAAGUGGCUAUGGCAUCACUCGAGUUUGAAGACUACGCCAACACUUGGUGGGAGCAAGUCCUCACUCUUCGCGAAGAAAAGGGUGAACCUCCAAUUGACACUUGGGAAGAUAUGAAGAAGGAGAUGCAUGCUCGUUUUGUCCCCGCACACUACAUGACCGACCUCUUCAACAAGCUCCAAAAGUUGAAGCAAGGCACCAAGACCGUUGAGGAGUUCUACAAGGAGAUGGAGCUCACUAUGAUGCGAGCCAACAUCCAA